AGUUUUACAAAAUUUGGUGAGAGCAAAUGAAGCGAUUAGAAUAGGUGAGUUGAAGUUUUCAUCUGUAAAAGUUUACGGUAAAGUGUUAUUGUUUAACAAGUGAUCAGGUUGAUCAGGGUGAUCAAGUGAACAGACAAAAAAGCGAUCAAUUUUUAUUGUUUUCCUCAUCACAUUACAUUAAACCUCAACCUUAGCCAAAUUGAUUGUUAAGAGACCAAAGCAAACAAGAAACUUUUACCUUUGUUAAUAAAUAAACGUUCACCAUCUUUAACCAUGUUAAUCAAUUGAGUAACGGCGACAACACAAAAAAAUGGAAAUCAGUUUACAAUUAAAGUGAAUAUUGUCAACUUUAAUCGUGCAUUUACAGUAACUAAGUGUGUUUGUGUGUGCUUAUGGUUUGCAUUUUUAAUUAAAGUUAAUCCAAAUCAUUGAUUAACUCUUUGGGUUUAAAGUUGCAAAGAAGUCGCGAUUACUCUGAAACAAUGGAUUUCACUAUAGUUAAUAUAAUAGCUUCACUUUUCAUGUCUAUUUUUCAAUUAUGUAUUAAUGCUAUAACAUUGGAACAUAUUCAUGUGCCUUCUCAUGUUAUGGUUGGCGACUCUGUUUGGCUUAACUGCACUUAUGAUCUUCAAGGUGAUGAAUUGUAUUCCAUUAAAUGGUACAAAAAUAGUGUCGAGUUUUAUCGUUAUUUACCGAAAUCGGAUCCGCCCAAACCACAAGGUUUUAUUUGUGAUGGAAUAUAUUUAGAUCUAUCUAAGUCAACGCUUGGAAACGUUUUUUUGAAUACAACUGAUUUAAACAGCCAAGGCGACUAUAAAUGUGAAGUUUCCGCUGAAGAACCUUCAUUUAAAACUGUUCGUAAAAUUAAACCUCUUCGAGUUUACUCGAAUGGAUCAUCUCAUAUGAUUAAGCCAUCUUCAACUCUCUGGAAUGGUCUGCUCAUCAUCAUUAUCAUCACUUUUACAACUUGGAAACCAUCUAAUGGAUUGAGUUCGCUGUGAAGAGACAAACGAUAAACCCUUUUCUAUGUAUCACUAUCCUUGGAGGUGAAAAGACAAAAAACUGAUGAAAAUUACGAAUGGAAAAUGUGAAAGUAAAAAUGUGUGUUUUUCAAGACACAAUUGACAUUUAAUCUGAUUGUUAGGUGCUGAAAUUGGUUGAAAGAUUAAAGGCUUUUUCUAGAUUCGCUAGGCUAUUGAUUGUUUCUUCACUGAUGUCAUUAUUUAAUGGUUGAUAUUCAGUUGAAACUGACAACUCGAAAUCGACAAAGUUGAAUGGAAAAUGGAUUCUCAAUUUGUUUUUUUCAUUUCCAUUUGAAAUGAUUAACAGAUGGAAAGUCACUCCAAAUGGUGGAAUCAAUCACAACCUUGCGAUAAUUUAUAAAAUUGAUUUUAACACAUUUGUAAAGAAUAAAUUAAUGAACAAUUUAGUUAAUUAUUAUGGA